CCAAACACACAUGACCCAUUGUAUCAUAUAUGGUCGAUCUAGUUCUCUUCUCAUUUUCUUCACCUUAGUUAGCUAAACCCUAACACAAAUAUACCUUUUUUACUUACUUGUACUUCAAUUUUCUUAGCUUCUUCAUUCCAUUUUUUGAAGAAAUUAAGCAUAGAAUUGAAGUAAAAAAGCUAUGGAUGAUGAAGGAGAGAUGUCAAGAAGGCCAAGAGGAAGACCUGCUGGAUCAAAAAACAAGCCAAAACCACCCAUUAUCAUCAAUCGAGACAGCGCCAACGCCCUCCGAACACAUAUCAUCGAAAUCGCGGAUGGUUGUGAUGUAAUGGAAAGCGUAUCCAAUUUUUCGAGAAGAAGACAAAGAGGAGUUUGCAUUAUGAGCGGAACGGGAAAUGUUACUAAUGUGAAUUUAAAACAACCAGCUUCAUCCGGUGAGAUUGUAACUCUACAUGGUCGAUUUGAGAUCUUAUCUUUAUCCGGAUCGUUCCUCCCACCACCUGCUCCCCCAGCUGCUUCAGGGUUGACUAUUUAUUUAGCUGGGGGACAAGGACAAGUGGUGGGAGGAAGCGUGGUUGGCGCGCUUAUGGCGUCAGGACCAGUUGUUAUUAUGGGUGCUUCGUUUAGUAAUGCGGCUUAUGAAAGGCUACCGUUGGAAGAGGAUGAUCCGAAUAAUCAUCCUCUUCCAAUGCCAGGAGGUCCUCUGGGAUCUCCUGGCGGACAACAACAACAAUUACUAGGCGGUGACCCAUCGAUGUUUCAUGGGACACCGCCACCAAACCUUCUCAACUCAUCAAUGCAAUUACCUCAUGAAGGAUAUUGGUCAACGGGACGACCUCCUUUCUAACUUGAAGAAUUGUAUGCGCGUAGCAACGGGUAUUAUUGUUUGUUGAGUUUUGUUUUUUUUUUCCUAACUUUUUUUUUCUAUUACAUUGAGAGAUCAGGAAAAUGGAAGGGGGAUUAUACGAAUUGAACUCACACUUAUUAUGUCGAAGAAUUAACUCCUUCCUUCACUCUUUAGGAAAUAUUUUUAGGAAGAGGAUUUUUUUCAGGCAGUUGAUCAUUUGAAGUAAGUUUAAUUUGUAGUAAUUCUUUCCUUUGAAUAUUUAUUAGUUUUAAUUUACAUCUUUUUUUGGACUAGGUUUUUGUAUUGUUAUUGGUUUACUUAAUGAUGAAAUGCUUGUACUUUGAUCAAAUUAACUUAUUGUAAAUUUGAUGUUUUCUUGGUGAGUUGUCUCUUGAGCUACUUUCAGACUAAAGCAAGUGUAAAAGAGUUGGGAUUUUUAAUUUGUGAAGGCUGUAUAUCUUGUAAG